AUGAAUUCAGCUAGGGACAACACAAUUUCCGACAGUGUAACAUUCUUACCACAAAACCGACCACGGAGAUACAACUACUACAUCCAGAAAGGGAUAGACCUGGAGAAUGUGUCUCCUCUGGAGGACUCUUGGCUGAAGAACAUUCUGAACAUGGUGCCAUGCCACCUGAAGAGCCUGUACACACCAUUGGAGCUGCUGGUCGAUGAGAUCAAGGAGGACUACGCGCUCAGCGUCAAGACAGCAAUCAUUAAAUUUACAUUCAGAGAUUCAAGAGAAAGUGAAAAGGACAAAGUAAAAGAUCUGCCCCCUCACAGACUUGAACUGGAGGUAUUGCCAAAACCAUGGAACAAAGCCUUUGUUCAGGCACAAAAGAGGAUGAGAGAUAAGCUUCAUUCUAUCAACCCAACUAUGCUGCAAGUGCUGUACCUUUGGCAUGUCUCUUAUAAAAAUGUCCGUCUGAUAGAUGUACAGGAGUUCUAUAGCAGAGAGGAGUCCGUGGAGCUGUCUGUGUUUCAGCAAAUUGUCACCAGACAUGUUGAUAAUGCCAGAGAAAUCCUCCUCAGAGAUUGGAUUCCUAACGUGCAAAACAUUUACUACAACGGGUGCAGACGCAAGCUGGUUCCUGCCUCCAGCAACAUGGCCAAACUAUUAUCUUUCUUCAAUUGUGCAGCUGCACUGAUGACCUUCCAGCUGCAGAGCCUUGCAAUAGACUCAAUGAGGGACUAUACAAACCUAAUUUCCCAAGACCUGCGAUCAGAGCACCCAGGCUUUGUACUGCAUCUGAUCCUGGAGGACAGGGAGAUCAAGUUUGAUCCUGACUUCAAACUGUAUGAGGAGGCCCUCAUUAAUGUCUAUGAGUUCAUGCUCAGGUCUAUCAGCAUGGUACCUCGUGUGGAGACCAAACUGUACUCUGAGUGGCCAGGCUCCCAGUAUGGGAGCAUCCUGAAGCCCAUCAUCCUGCCAGAGAUACUUGAGGCCCAGCAGGAGGAGGUGCGCAGGGUGUUCUGGGCUGAGUGUGUCAAGCCCAAGGAGUAUGUCUGUGAGUAUGAUAAAUACGCCUCGCUGGUAUCCAGGCGGGCAGAGGAAGAUGUGGAGCAGUUCCUCAGUGAGCAGCACUCCUUCCAGGAAAUCAUGGUAGAGGUGGUGCACUACCAGCAGCUUGCUGACCAGAUCCAGUACACAUCAUGCAAGGUGGUACGUCUCGGCAUGUUUGAAGUCCAGUCCCAUAAGCUCAUCCACUCUCUCGUCAAGCUUGCUCAGGAGCUACAGCAGAGACUGAUUACACGCAUGCUACAGAACCAUCAGGAACUCAACAAGAAGCUCUGUAAUGAAUUUGAGAAGAUUGCAGAGAAGGCACUGAGCACCCCACCUGACACACAGAAACUAAUGGAGCUUAAGGCCUACAUGAACAAAGUGGAGACCACAGAGCUGCCUAUGUUGGAGCAAAGAUUGGCAGACUCCAACACACAGUUGUGUUUCCUGAUGGACUUUGUCACUCUCUCACCAAUGGACAUGAAGCUCAACACAGAGACCAUCCAGUGGCUUAAGCGCAUGCCAUCCAUCUUUAAAGAACACCAACAGAUCAUUACUGAAAAAACAGAGCAAUAUCAGAGUGGCCUCAAGUUGUGCCGUGAGCACUUUGUGGAGGAAUUGGACAGCUAUAGUGUACAGCUGGUGGAGUUUACCACCUUCGGAGAGCUGACGGAUCUCAGCAAGUACUUGAAGAAAGCACAGGCCCUCAAUGCUAAACUUGAGUUUGCCAUGGAAAAGAUGAAUGAUUUUAACCUAGAGGAGGAGGCCUACGGCUGGCCUGUUUCCCAGUACCCAGAGCGUAAGAAGAUCCAGGACAAGCUCACACCUUUUCUGCGCCUCUAUGAGACAGCCACUGAUUUCCUAAACCAGUACGAGCAGUGGCUCCAUGGGCCGCUCUCUGGUGUGAACCCAGAUAAGGUAGAAGGGGAUGUUGGCAACUACUGGCGCACACUAUACAAGCUGGAGAAAGGCUUCUCUGAAAUUCCCAAAGCCCUGAACAUAGCCACCACUGUGAAGGCUAAAGUGGAGGACUUCAAGGAGCACAUUCCUAUGGUGCAGGUAUUGUGCAACCCAGGCCUGCGUGACCGCCACUGGGAUACCAUGUCUGAAAUGGCUGGCAUCUCCCUAGGGCCACCUGAUGACCAGGCAUGUGUGGCACACUUCCUAUCUAUGCACCUGGAACAGCACCUGAGCAGCUUUGAAGGUAUCAGUGAGGCGGCCAGCAAGGAGUACUCCCUUGAGAAGGCCAUGGAGAAAAUGGCCAGUGAAUGGGGUGACAUGGAGUUCAGCCUCCUGGUGUAUCGAGAGACGGGCACCUCCAUCCUGUCAUCUGUGGAUGAUGUCCAGAUGCUGUUGGAUGAUCAUAUUGUGAAGACACAAACUAUGAGGGGCUCACCCUUCAUUAAGCCUUUUGAGGUGGAAAUACGGGAAUGGGAAGAUAAGUUGCUGCUCCUCCAAGAGAUCCUGGAUGAAUGGUUGAAGGUACAGUCCACUUGGCUUUACCUUGAGCCCAUAUUCAGCUCCCCAGACAUCAUGACUCAGAUGCCUGAAGAGGGACGCCGUUUUACAACUGUUGACAAAACCUGGAGGGAAAACAUGAAACAAGUUUCCCUGGACAAGCAUGUAUUGGCAGUGAUAGGCAUCGAAAAGAUGCUGGAGAGGCUGAAAAAGUCCAAUGAGCUUCUGGAGAUGAUCCUCAAAGGUCUGAAUAACUACCUGGAGAAGAAGCGUCUCUAUUUUCCUCGGUUCUUCUUCCUGUCCAAUGAAGAGCUGCUGGAAAUCCUCUCUGAGACCAAAGACCCCACAAGGGUGCAGCCCCAUCUGAAGAAGUGCUUUGAAGGCAUCGCUAGUGUGGUGUUCACUGAUGUGCUGGACAUCACUCACAUGAAGAGCAGUGAGGGUGAAGUGGUGCAGCUGCUGGAUAUCAUUUCCACCUCCAAAGCCAGGGGGCAGGUGGAGAAGUGGCUUCUGGAGCUAGAGAAUGGCAUGAUUGCCUCGCUGCAUAAGGUAAUCGGUGAGGCAAUCCAGGCAUACCCCAAUGAGUUGAGGAUAAACUGGGUGCGUGCUUGGCCAGGCCAGACUGUGCUGUGUGUCUCACAGGUCUAUUGGACGAAGGACAUCCAUGAAGCCAUCAGUUCAGGACAGAGGGCCCUAGACGCCUACCUGGAGCAGAAUAAUAGACAGAUUGACGACAUUGUGGCACUUGUACGUGGCAAGCUCUCCAAGCAAAACCGCGUUACCCUCGGAGCCCUUGUUGUGCUGGACGUUCAUGCCAGGGAUGUGCUAGCUGUGCUGGUGCAAAAGGGAAUAAAUGACGAGAAUGACUUUGAGUGGCUUAGCCAACUACGCUACUACUGGGUGGAAAACCACCUCCAGACCAAGAUGAUCAAUGCUGGUUUGCCUUAUGGUUAUGAAUACCUCGGGAACACACCACGCCUGGUCAUAACUCCUCUCACUGACCGCUGCUACCGCACUUUGUUUGGUGCCCUCCACCUCCAUUUGGGGGGGGCACCUGAGGGCCCAGCUGGCACAGGAAAAACAGAAACAACCAAAGACUUGGCUAAAGCUGUGGCCAAGCAAUGUGUGGUCUUCAACUGCUCUGAUGGACUGGACUAUAUUGCUCUGGGCAAAUUCUUCAAAGGCCUUUUGUCCUGCGGAGCUUGGGCCUGCUUUGAUGAGUUUAACCGCAUUGACUUGGAGGUGCUGUCUGUGGUGGCUCAACAGAUUCUCACUAUUCAGAGAGGAAUUUCUGCCCAUGCUGAGAUGCUGAUGUUUGAAGGAACAGAGCUAAAACUGAACCCCUCCUGUGCUGUGUUCAUUACUAUGAAUCCUGGCUACGCUGGACGCUCUGAGCUACCAGACAACCUCAAGGCUCUGUUCAGGACUGUGGCUAUGAUGGUACCGGACUAUGCAAUGAUCGCAGAGAUUGUGCUCUACUCGUGUGGCUUUGUGACUGCACGGCCCCUGUCGGUGAAAAUUGUGGCAACCUAUCGACUCUGUUCGGAGCAGCUGUCCUCACAGCAUCACUACGACUAUGGGAUGAGAGCUGUCAAGUCUGUGCUCACUGCUGCUGGAAACCUCAAGCUCACUUUUCCAGAGGAGAAUGAAGACAUGCUGUUACUGAGAUCCAUUAUUGAUGUCAAUCUGCCCAAGUUCCUGGCCCACGAUCUGAAGCUGUUUGAGGGUAUCACCUCUGACCUGUUCCCGGGGGUCCAGCUGCCAAAUCGAGACUACCGCGUCCUCCUGGAGGCCAUUGAGGAGAACUGCCGACACAUGAACCUGCAAAUCACCGAUUUCUUCGCUGAGAAAAUCCUGCAGAUCUUUGAGAUGAUGAUAGUGAGACAUGGUUUCAUGCUGGUGGGUGAGCCCUUCGGAGGAAAGACCAGUGCCUACCGUGUGCUUGCAGCAGCCCUUCAUGACGUCUUUGAAAAGGGUCUAAUGGAUGAGAACCAGGUUCAGAUCACAGUUAUCAACCCGAAAUCCAUCACCAUGGGACAGCUGUACGGCCAGUUUGACCCCAUCUCCCACGAGUGGUCCGAUGGCAUCCUUGCUGUGAGCUACAGAGCCUUUGCUGCCUCCCUGAGCCCCGACAGAAAAUGGCUGAUCUUUGACGGCCCAGUGGACGCCGUGUGGAUUGAGAAUAUGAACACAGUACUGGAUGACAACAAGAAGCUGUGUCUGAUGAGUGGUGAGAUCAUUCAGAUGUCCCCGCAAAUGAGCCUCAUCUUUGAACCCAUGGACCUGGAGGUGGCGUCUCCAGCCACGGUGUCUCGCUGCGGUAUGAUCUAUAUGGAGCCUCAUAUGCUGGGCUGGCGGCCUCUUAUGCUGUCCUGGCUCAAUACCCUGCCAACCACAGUCAAUGCCACGCACAAAGACCUUAUCACUGGCCUUUUCGACCGCAUAGUGCCAGCCUGCGUACAGCUCAUUCGAAAGGCCACCAAGGAGCUGUCCCCGACCUCUGACACCAAUCUAGUCAAGUCCCUGAUGAAUCUGAUGGACUGCAUGAUGGAUGAGUUUCAUGAUGAAGCAAAGAUGAAGAGCAUGAAUGAAAAAGACAUUUGCUCCUGGUUGGAGGGCAUUUUUGUGUUCUGUCUGGUGUGGUCAGUGGGUGCCAGCUGUGAUGAUUCAAGCCGGGUCAAGUUUGAUGCUGUGGUUAGGGAGGUACUGAACGGUCCUCUAUGUGAGGAGACCCAGGCCUGCCACGGUAUUCUGGCCACUGUCGAGGCUCCACCUAAACAGCUGACAGUUCCCCUGCCCACUGAGGGAACAGUCUACCAGUAUCGCUUCAUUAAAGAGGGCCCGGGCAGGUGGGAGCUGUGGACUGAUGCGCUAAAGAUUGCUCCCCCCAUAAAGAAAGACGUGCAGUUCAAUGAGAUCAUUGUGCCCACUGAGAACACGGUACGCUACAUGGCACUGAUGGACCUCCUCGUCACCCACCAGAAGCCCACUAUUUUCAUCGGUCCCACUGGUACUGGCAAGAGUGUCUACAUUACAGACUUCCUAUUGAAUCAUCUGCAGAAGGAUGUGUACAGCCCAUUAUUUAUCAACUUUUCUGCCCAGACUACAGCUGCCCAGACCCAAAACAUUAUUUUGUCCAAGCUAGAUAAGCGGCGCAAAGGAGUGUUUGGCCCUCCAAUGGGAAAGAAAAUGGUGGUAUUUGUGGAUGAUGUGAACAUGCCAGCCAGGGAGGUUUAUGGUGCCCAGCCCCCUGUGGAGCUGCUGCGACAGUGGCUGGACCAUUGGAACUGGUAUGACAUGAAGGACUGCUCAAUGAUCAACCUGGUGGAUAUCCAGGUCAUAUGUGCUAUGGGACCACCUGGUGGAGGGCGUAACCCUGUCACACCUCGUUAUCUGCGCCACUUCAACAUGAUUACCAUCAAUGAUUUUGAUGAGAAGACAAUGUAUACAAUCUUCUCCAGGAUCAUAGACUGGCAUUUCACCAUACGAUUUGUUUUCCCCAAGUCAUUUGCAGCGCUGACCUCUCAGAUCGUUAAUAGCACCAUGUCAGUGUACCAAGAGGCCACCAAGAACCUGCUACCAACCCCCGCAAAGUCCCAUUACCUGUUCAAUCUGCGCGACGUCUCUCGAGUCAUCCAGGGCAUCUGCCUGACACGGCCAGAGACUGCAGAAGAACAAUCUGCCAUCAAACGGCUCUGGGUGCAUGAGGUCCUGAGGGUAUACUAUGAUCGACUGGUCCACGACACAGAUCGGUCCUGGCUUGUAAGCCAUUUACAGGUGGUGUCUCAGAGUCACAUGAAGGAAAACUUCCAUCAGCUCUUCCAACAUUUGGACCAGGACCAUGAUGGAAAAGUCACCGAGGACGACCUGCGCAGCCUCAUGUUUUGCGACUUCCAUGACCCUAAGGGUGAGGACCGCAACUACCGUGAGGUGCACAACCUCGACCAGCUCCGACAGGUGGUGGAGUCCCACUUGGAGGAAUACAACAACAUCAGCAAGGCGCCUAUGAAUCUGGUGCUUUUUCGUUUUGCCAUUGAGCAUGUGUGCCGCAUAUCCCGUAUCCUCAAGCAGCCAAGCGGACACGCUCUGCUGGUGGGUGUGGGCGGGAGCGGGCGUCAGUCUCUCACCCGGUUGGCUGCCUACAUGGCAGAGGCAGAGCUCUUCCAGGUGGAGAUCUCCAAGACUUAUGGAACCACUGAAUGGCAUGAUGAUCUGAAGUUAAUAAUGAGGAAGUCCACACAGGGCGAAGCCCAUGGCGUGUUCCUUUUCACAGAUACACAAAUCAAAAUGGAGUCAUUUCUGGAGGACAUCGGCAACCUGCUCAACACUGGCGAGGUGCCUAACCUGUUCGCAGUUGAUGAGAAGCAGGAAAUCUGUGAGCGGAUGCGUGUGCUGGACCGGCAGCGUGACCGUGAUAAGCAGACGGACGGCAGCAACUUGUCCCUUUUCAACAUGUUUAUCGAGCGCUGUCGCACACAGCUGCAUGUCGUGUUGGCCAUGAGUCCCAUUGGAGACGCCUUCAGGAACCGUUUGAGACGUUUCCCUGCCCUCAUUAACUGCUGCACCAUUAACUGGUUCCAGACCUGGCCCGAGGAUGCCCUGCAGGCAGUGGCCUGCCGCUUCCUUGAGGAUGUUGAGAUGACAGAUGAGUCCAGAGAAGGCUGCAUCAACAUGUGCAAGAGCUUCCACACCUCAACUAUUAAGCUGUCAGUCCGCUUUUUGGCUGAGUUGGAGCGCCACAAUUAUGUCACACCAACCUCAUACCUGGAGCUCAUUUCCACCUUCAAAGCCCUGCUGAGGACAAAAAGAGCUGAAGUGAUGAAGCUGAAACGUCGUUAUGAGGUGGGCCUUGAGAAACUAGAGUCAGCAGCAGACCAGGUGGCCACCAUGCAAGUUGAGCUAGAGGCUCUACAGCCACAGCUGCUUGUGGCCAGUAAAGAGGUGGAUGAGAUGAUGGUGGUGAUUGAGCAUGAAUCUGUGGAGGUGGCUGAGACAGAGAAGGUGGUCAAAGUGGAUGAGGCUGUGGCCAACGAACAAGCCAUGGCUGCCAAGGCCAUCAAGGAUGAGUGUGAUGCCGAACUGGCUGAAGCCAUGCCGAUCCUGGAGUCAGCCUUGGCUGCGUUGAAUACUCUCACCACUCAGGAUAUCACAGUGGUGAAGUCCAUGAAAAGCCCACCAACAGCUGUCAAACUGGUGAUGGAGGCAAUCUGCAUUCUCAAAGGCAUCAAGCCAGAUCGUGUGCCAGACCCCUCAGGUUCUGGGAAAAAAGUGGAGGACUAUUGGGGCCCAGCCAAAAAGCUUCUUGGAGACAUGAAAUUCCUCCAGAGCCUCCAUGAGUAUGACAAGGACAACAUCCCACCAAAUUUCAUCGCUGUCAUCCGCAACAAGUACAUCACUAAUCCAGACUUUGUACCAGAGAAGAUUCGAACUGCAUCCACUGCAGCUGAAGGCAUGUGUAAGUGGGUGUGUGCCAUGGAAAAGUAUGAAAAGGUGGCCAAGGUGGUGGCUCCGAAGAAGGAGAAGCUAGCACAGGCUGAGGGCGAGCUGAGCGUGGCAAUGGAGAGCCUGCAGAAAAAGCAGGCUGCCCUCAAAGAAGUCCAGGAUGAACUCGCAAAGCUUCAGGAAACUUUGGAUGCUAAUAAAACCAAGAAAGCUGAGUUGGAGAAUCAGGUGGAUCUAUGUAGUAAGAAGCUUGACCGAGCGGAGCAGCUGAUUGGAGGCCUGGGCGGAGAGAAAACACGCUGGAGUGAAAUGGCCUCCGAUCUCGGGAAGCUCUACAAUAACCUGACGGGGAACAUCCUUAUCUCAGCGGGCAUAGUAGCUUACCUGGGAGCCUUCACCUCCAGCUACAGACAGGAUCAGACAGAGGAGUGGAUGAAUCUUUGUAAGAGUAAAGAGAUCCCAUGCUCCGCCAACAUGUCUCUGAUGAACUCACUGGGCGAUCCAGUAAAGAUUCGUGCAUGGACCAUUGCUGGCCUACCAUCAGACAGCUUCUCCAUUGACAACGGUAUCAUAAUCUCUAAUGCCAGGCGGUGGCCUCUGAUGAUCGAUCCCCAGGGCCAGGCCAACAAGUGGGUGAAAAAUAUGGAGAAGGCCAACAGCCUGCAUAUUAUUAAACUGAGUGAUGCUGACUUUGUACGCACUCUGGAGAACUGCAUUCAGUUUGGCACACCAGUGCUGUUGGAGAAUGUCGGCGAGGAGCUGGACCCUAUCCUGGAGCCUCUGCUGCUGAGACAGACUUUUAAACAGGGUGGUGCCAUUUGUAUCCGCCUGGGAGACUCUACCAUUGAAUAUGCUCCCAACUUCCGCUUCUACAUCACCACCAAGCUACGCAACCCCCACUACCUGCCUGAGACCGCCGUCAAGGUCACCCUUCUGAACUUCAUGAUCACCCCAGAGGGCAUCCAGGACCAGCUGCUGGGAAUUGUGGUGGCCCGGGAUAGGCCUAAUCUGGAGGAAGAGAAACAGGCUCUCAUCCUACAGGGAGCAGAGAACAAAAGACAGUUGAAAGAGAUUGAGGACAAAAUCUUACAGGUGCUUUCCUCCUCUGAGGGCAACAUCCUGGAAGACGAGACAGCCGUCAAGAUCCUCUCCUGCUCCAAGGUGCUAGCCAAUGAAAUCACAGAGAAGCAGGCUGUGGCUGAGGUGACAGAGCAGAAGAUUGAUGAGACCCGUAUGGGCUACACACCAAUUGCCGUGCAUUCAGCCAUCUUGUUCUUCUCCAUUGCCGACCUGGCUAACAUUGAGCCCAUGUACCAGUACUCCCUCACCUGGUUUAUUAACCUCUUCAUCAGCUCCAUCGACAGCUCAGAGAAGAGUGACGACUUGGAGCAGAGGCUACAGAUCCUGAGAGACCACUUUACCUACACACUAUAUGUCAAUGUGUGUCGCUCACUGUUUGAGAAGGAUAAACUGCUCUUUUCCUUCUGCCUCACUGUCAACCUUCUCAUGCACAACAAGCUGGUGGAUGAGGGGGAGUGGCGCUUCCUUCUGACAGGUGGUGUGGGCCUGGACAACCCCCACUCGAAUCCCUGCACCUGGCUCCCCAAAAAGUCUUGGGAUGAGAUUUGCCGUCUGGAUGAGAUGGAGUGUUUCAAAGGUCUGCGGCGCAACAUGGCUCACCUCAGGAAUGAGUGGAAGAAGGUCUACGACAGCCCAAACCCCCAUCAGACUCCUUUCCCCGAUGAGUGGCAGGACAAACUGAGCCAGUUUCAGAAGAUGCUGGUGAUUCGAUGUCUCAGACCUGAUAAGAUUAUUCCCAUGGUACAGGAGUUUGUUUCCAACAGUUUGGGUCGUCCCUUCAUUGAAGCGCCACCCUUCAACCUGAGUGAGGCCUUUGUUGAUAGCCACUGCUGUGCCUCCCUCAUCUUCAUCCUCUCCCCCGGCUCAGACCCCAUGGCUGCAUUGCUGAAGUUUGGAGAUGAAAAGGGCUUCACUGGUAACAAGCUGACCUCCCUCUCCCUGGGCCAAGGCCAGGGUCCUAUUGCUAUGCGUAUGAUUGAGACAGCCAUUAAAGAGGGCACCUGGGUGGUUCUGCAGAACUGCCACUUGGCCACUUCAUGGAUGUCAACUCUGGAGAAAGUCUGUGAGGAGCUGAACCCAGACACCACCCACCCAGACUUUAGGCUGUGGCUGACUAGUUACCCAUCUCCCACCUUCCCUGUGGCUGUGCUUCAGAAUGGGGUGAAGAUGACCAACGAGGCUCCGAAGGGCCUGCGCGCCAACAUUGCACGCUCCUUCUUAAUGGAUCCUAUCUCUGACCCAGAGUUUUUUGGAAGCUGUAGCAAGCCGGCUGUAUUCAAGAAGCUACUGUAUGGUCUGUGCUUCUUCCACGCCCUAACCCAAGAGAGGAGGAAGUUUGGACCUUUAGGCUGGAACAUUCCUUAUGAAUUCAAUGAGACCGACCUCCGGAUCUCUGUACAACAGCUGCACAUGUUCCUGGAACAGUACGAGGAAGUGCCAUUUGACGCCGUGCGUUACAUGACUGGUGAGUGUAACUAUGGAGGGCGUGUGACAGAUGACUGGGACAGACGGACUCUUCGUACAAUCCUCUCUAUCUUCUACACUUCCAAGAUCAUCAAGGACCCUGACUAUAAGUUUGAUCCCAGUGGGAUAUACUAUGCACCAGCUGAGGGAGAUUACAACAGCUACAUAGAAUACACCAAGUCGCUGCCACUCAACCCGUCACCGGAGAUUUUUGGCAUGAAUGCCAAUGCAGAUAUCACCAAGGAUCAGGCUGAGACACAACUACUGUUUGACAGCAUCUUGCUCACGCAGUCCCGCUCUACAGGCGGAGACGCCAAAUCCUCAGAUGACAUGGUCUUUGAAGUGGCAGCUGACAUCCUAAGCAAGCUGCCUGGAGACUUUGACUUGGAGGCAGCAAUGAGGCGCUUUCCCACCAGCUACAAUCAGAGCAUGAACACAGUGCUGGUGCAGGAGAUGGGCCGCUUCAACAACCUGCUCUGCACCAUCCGAGGCUCCUGUGUCAACAUCCAGAAGGCCAUUAAGGGGCUGGUAGUGAUGUCUGCAGAGCUGGAGGAGGUGGUCAGCAGCAUCCUGAAGGGUCGUAUCCCAGGCAUGUGGAUGAAGAAGUCCUACCCCAGCCUAAAACCGCUGGGAAGCUACGUCAGUGACUUCCUGGAGAGACUCAAGUUCUUACAGGACUGGUAUGAUAAGGGUACACCUGCUGUAUUCUGGAUAUCAGGAUUCUUCUUCACCCAGGCCUUCCUCACAGGCAGCCAGCAGAACUAUGCCAGGAAACACACCGUCCCUAUUGACUUGCUGGGUUUCGACUUCGAGGUCCUGGAUGACAGACAAUACAAACGACCCCCAGAGGACGGUGUGUACAUUCGAGGCCUCUUCCUCGAUGGCGCCCGCUGGGACAGAGAGACCAAACUUCUUGCUGAGUCCUACCCCAAGGUGCUGCAUGACCCCAUGCCUGUGAUGUGGUUGAGGCCCAUUAAGCGACAAGACAUCCCCCAGAGGAUGUGUUAUGUGGUGCCAGUCUACAAGACGAGCGAGCGGCGCGGCACCCUGUCCACCACUGGACAUUCCACCAAUUAUGUCAUCGCCAUGGUGCUCAACACCAACGUGCCCGCCGAGCACUGGAUCAGACGCGGGGUUGCGCUGCUCUGCCAGCUCAGCUCCUAG